AUGGUGCAUCAAGGAAUUGUUCAGCCACUGCUUACAGAUUUAUAUCAGAUCACAAUGGCAUACGCUUACUGGAAAUUUAAUAAACAAAGUCAGGCUGCAGUCUUUGAAUUAUUUUUUCGAAAUAACCCAUUUAAGGGAGGGUAUACAAUAUUUGCUGGAUUGAGUGAUUGCAUUGAGUUCGUUUCCAAUUUUGCAUACAGCAAAUCAGAUAUAGACUAUGUAAAAUCCAUACUGCCAUCCUCUGUUGAAGAAGAAUUCUUUCAUUUUCUUUCUGGCAUACACGGGGACCAGGUUACAAUUGCAGCUGUCCCGGAGGGUUCAGUGGUAUUUCCCAGAGUGCCUUUGCUAAGAGUUGAAGGUCCUUUAGCUACUGUCCUACUUAUGGAAACAACUUUACUUACCCUCGUGAAUUAUGCAAGCCUUGUAACUACCAACGCAACGAGGUUUCGCCUAACAGCUGGAAAUGAUAAACCAUUAUUCGAAUUUGGUUUACGCCGUGCUCAGGGACCGAAUGGUGGCUUAUCUGCUUCAAGAUACUGCUAUAUCGGAGGUUUCAAUGGUACAAGCAAUGUUCUGGCCGGAAAACUUUUCUCAAUCCCUGUUGUUGGUACUCAUUCUCAUGCUUUUGUUAUGUCCUUUUCUGGCUUAACGGAUCUUUGUAAAACUCAUGUGCAAUAUGCCACUGGUUCCGAUAGCAAGUUGUUUGAUUUAAAAUGUGGCACACAAAAAUGGCUUACUCAAAUAUCCCCAAUGCUAGACGUUGCGGAGGAUGAGAUUAUCGAAGGUGAAUUGGCUGCAUUCAUUUCUAUUGCAAUUGCAUUUCCUACAAACUUUUUGGCACUUGUUGAUACUUACGACGUAAUCAGAAGUGGCAUACCCUGUUUUUGCGCCGUAACACUUGCAUUAGACGAGGCUGGAUAUCGUGCUAAAGGCAUUCGAUUAGAUUCAGGUGACUUGGCUUAUCUUUCAAGACAGAGCAGGUGCCAAUUUCAACUGUUAGCCGAAAGGUUAAAUAAGCCAUGGCUUUCAUUAUUAACCAUAGUUGCUAGUAAUGAUAUAAAUGUGCGGACCAUGAAUUCCUUAAACCAGCAGGGUCACCAGAUUAAUGCAUACGGUAUUGGAACUCAUCUGGUCACUUGCCAAGAACAGCCUGCACUUGGCUGCGUAUACAAGUUAGUCGAAUUGGACGGUGUUGCUAAAAUGAAGUUGACUCAAGAAAGAUCUAAAUUGUCCUUGCCUGCGAAAAAGAAAGUGUAUAGAUUAUUUGGAGAAAAUGGUAGCCCAUUGGCGGAUCUCUUGCAGAAAUAUGAUGAAUCACCCCCACUUGUCGAUCAGCAAGUACUUUGCUGUCAUCCUUUUCAAGAAUCAGAGCGUAAAUACAUCGUUCCAUCUAGAGUAGAAGAGAUGAACUGUAACUAUUGGAUAAAAGGAAAAUCAUGUAAAGAAAUACCCAAAUUAGUAGAUAUUCGAAAUUAUUGUCAAAAUCAAGUUAAUAGCCUAAGAAGGGAUCAUCAAUUACUUUCGAAUUUGAAUACGUAUAAGGUUUUUGUUAGCGAUGCCUUGUACCAGACUAUGCAUAAACUUUGGGUUGGUGAUACUACCAUGAGGGAGCCUGGUUCUUAUCAUGAAUGA